GACAUGUAAAUCGCUUUGUACGAGCAGCAAAGUAAGUUUGCUUGAUAAUAUAUUAUUUGAAUCCAUCCCUUUUUAUGGUGCUGGUUAUACAGACGAGCAAAAACGACGCAUUUAUCUUUAUGUGACAUGUAUUUAGGUGCGUAAUUUUUUUAAUAUCAUAGUAACGAUAGCCAAUUAGCAAGAUACAGAGUAACUGUUACAAGGUAACAGAUAUCAUAGUUCACAUUACGUACGUUUUCUGACAUUUGCAAAGGAUUUAGAGGAAUGUCAGCUUGGUGAACUCUGCUCGCUUUUAUUUUGUUAAGCGAAAACCGAAAAGCAGUUAGCUGUCAUUUCUAAUGUCAACUACCCGUCCCUGCGGCUCCGUGGCUGAAACUAUGGAGCAACUGUAUGAAGCAGAAAUCAAAUUGCUACGGGAGGAAAUCGCAAUGCUACAAAAUCAACAAGAACACAAUGAACGAGAGGUCAUGGCGCACGUUGGAGAGCACGUACAGCGGACUAUAACAUCACAGCCAGACUUCAAAAGGGGAGAGAAUGAUGCCGCUUUGAAUCUGGAGAAACUGGAGGAAGAUCUGGCCAGACAGACCAAAAUGAACGGAAUUGCACUGAAAGAGUGCGAAGUGAAGACACUGGAAAAAAGUACGACCAAAAUUGUGCAGCAGCAUAGGGUUUCUGGUGACUGCAAUUUCUUGAACUUUCAAGUUGAGUUUGAGCUCACAGAAGUCCUGGGGGAAGAUGGCUCUAUUGUGAGGAGAAUCACUGACCUGAACAUUGUGGUGGAUGGAUGUGAGUUCACUGAUAUCAGCACAUUUGUAUCCGGAGCGGAGGAGACGAAGAGCCUUCUGCUUUUUUUCCGGGUCCUGAGGGACUUCUCCAAUCGGUGGGAGCACAGGAGCAGAACGUUCGCCCACUUCAAGGAGAAGUACCCAGAGGUGGUCAGACUUCCCAAUGGCUGCAGAGGGGACGUCAUGGUGAUCCAGAACCCCAAAAUACCCGGGUGCACGCUGAGCGUCGUUUGGAACAUUAACGUCACGAAGGACGGAGUGAUCCUGCCCAAGAUAGACCUGCUGACAAAACUGCCAGAACAAGCGUUAGGUCCGGACCGGGGGAAGGUGGCUGACGACGCGCCCCGGGCCUUCCAGAGCGUGCUGCGUCUCCUGGGGGCGGAGGCUGCCUUCGAGGCGCUGAUCACAGCCGUACGCGCGGAGUAGGAACACGGGACACCAAACACCAGCGUGCGUCUCUACGUCAUUUAUUCAAUAUAAACACCUCCUGUACAAUCCCCGUUAAGAAACAUCUGUUAAUGCCGUCUGUACACGUUCUCUCAGCCACGUAUACAUAUACCGCAUGUAAAUAUGUAUAAUUAGUCCAGGCCUAGAAAAAUAAAUAAUUUAAAUACAAAAUGCCCAAAGGCAAAAUUCCACUUUUGAGAUGGUUAUAUCUAUACACUUAGUUUGUUUUACUCCUGUAUCACAGUGUGAUGUUUUUUUUAAGGAAAGUGUUAUAUCAAUUCUUUACACAGGUUAUUCACAGAUAAGUGGUAGCACUUCUCUUCACAGUUCCGCAUAAAAAUACAGUAUAUUUCUCUGAACUUUAGGGUGUGAACAUUUAUUCUAUUAAAUUUGUCCUCAGAGCAACAUUUGUUUUUUUACUUGUUCAAGUGGGUUUAUUAUUUUUCCGUUUGGAAAUGCAGAAAAAAGAAUUUAUUUAACUUGGGCCUAUUUGCAACAAAGGUUGAACAAAACCCUCAAUGGUUUAUACUGCAAAUCCAAAAACUCAUUCUUUGGUGCAAAAUGACAUUCAUCUCUUUUUCAGAGUGCAGCUUUAAUUCAGUUUGUUGACUGAAUGGCAGAUGGCGUUGUUUUUAAACUGAAUUUCCUCCGUAAUGUACCGUCACCUUGUUUCACACGUUAGAAUAAAAGUUUAGAUCCAUUUGACCUAAAAUCAAGGUGAUGCCUUACGGUUUAAGAAAAAAUAAAAAUAAUAAUCAU